UUCCUGAAUUUGUUUUAGUUCACGAGAAAAUUUGGUCGAGUUCGGACGCGUGGGUUGCGUCGCUCCGUGCUGGUUUAUUCCUAACACGAUUCUCACGGAAACGGGGUAUAUACACACGCACCCUCGUGCACAAACACACGCAACGCACACCAGCUGGCCGGACUGCGGAAACAAUACUUCUCGAAAAACUCGGAACGACGACGACGAAGCAGCAACCGUGUGUGAUGCCGUAGUGAAAAAUUGUCGCUGUAAGGACGUACAUGCACACAGGGCGACAGUCAAAUAGGCAACGCGUCGUAACCCAGGCAACACAGCAGCAGCAGCAGCAGUGUGUGUGGUUUUUCAGACCGGCGAAGAGAAGGACCCUUUUUUUUCUUCUUCUCCGUGUGUCAUACCCUGGGUAACAGUAGUACCAUCAUCGCCUGUAUGCUGGUUUGGCAUUUUCCGUUUUUAAUCAUCCUUUCACGAAAGUCGAGCCCUUUUGCGACCAUUUUCUGUUCAUCCUGCGGGAUAUAGAUGGUGGUGGUAGUGGUGGUGCAUGUCUAGAACCCUCAUCGACAAUAAAAGGAAGUCGCCCUUACACUACGGUGGAGGAAAAAAGCAAGCGUCGAAUGCGUGCGCUUUGCUAGUGUGUGUGUGUAUGUGAGUGCAUAAAAGUGUGGAGUGUAAACAAUACCCGUCACUGUUGGUUGUUUUCGGUCGAUUUUUUUGUGGAUCAGUUUCAAACAUCUGAAAAAACCAAAACGUUUGCCAUUUCCUUGGCAGAUCAGCGUGCUUAUUUGCCGUACAGUACUGCCAUUUGUUGAAGGAGCUACUCAGCAAAACCACCCAGCUGCUCAGCAUUGGGUUCGAGUGAUUUUACGCAACCCGCGUAUACACAUUUCGCGUAAGACAUCGCGAACAGUACGCCCGUGCUUGUGUGUGUCUGUGUCCAGUGUUUGCUGUCCUUGAUCAUUGUGCUGCGAAGGUACACGCGUGUGUGGUGUAAAUACUUCCUCACUCUCACUGCCAAUAUUAAAGUGGAUCACGCGGAGACACACACGCGACCUUCACACAAAUAAGUUCUCGAAAAUCACACACACACACGACUCCCAACAGCUGACAAAACUGGUGUUGCUAUUGGUGUGUGCAUGUGCUGCAGGAGAAAGCAUCUUUGUGCCGGAAGUACCAACCAACCAAGAAGGCAGCACAAUCGACGGAGUCAUCAUCUGUCAGAACGCGCUGAUUAGCAGCGGCAACCAUUGUGCAUGUCCAUGGAAACCGCUGGCAGUGUGUAGUGUGUGAAGGGUGACCAGUGUGCGUGUUUUGAGUCAAUGGUGAAGAACCACUCGGCGAAGGGAAAGUGAUAUAAUCGAAGCAGCAGUCGUUCUCCGAGUGUGGAAAUUAGUUUCCGCCGAGGAAAAGUCACCGCAACAACGCAAACCCGAACCCGGUGGUAGAAAUUAUCUCCAACUGCUGUUGCUCAAACAGUGUGGCGGAUUGGAAUAAUAACGUCCCAAACAAUUAGCGUUUUGGUUCGUUCCGGAAAAGGCACACGCCGAAUCCGAAUGUUGUGCAGCCGAGGCAUCAUAACCAUCUUCCAAUCGUGAAUAGAGCCUUACAAGUCUACGGACCGGUGACUCAGAAGUGCACAAUUCCGGUGCAAAUUUCAUCAGUCAUUUGCCAUUAGUCUGUGUAUGUGUGCAUGCGGAAAAUCAUGCGUGAGUAGCUGCUGCUGCUGUAGUUGAUUCCAUUCUGUUCUUCUUCACGCCUAGCAGCUCCUUCCUUCUUUAACCUUGCAUUAAGAAAUAGCCUCGCAUGUGGAAGGGUAAAACGCAUCGAUAAUUGUGCAAUAAAAAGGUGAGCGGUGAACAGAAUCAGAAUCGGUAACGAAACGUAACGCAUGUAACCAUCCAAGCAAACAUACACGUGAAAGGAGGCAAGUGAGAAAGAGAGAGAGAAAAAAAAAAUUGGUGCAGAUUAGUUCAUUUGUUUUUUUUUUGUGUGUGUAAAGUUUCGGCCAUUACGAAACCCAGUUUCCAAUUUCGUUUCUGACCAACUAUCAACAUCCUGAUCUAUUCUGACGGUUGGGUGUAUCGAGCAAGUGUUUUGUGUGUACGUGAAUUUGUGCGCGUAAUGUGUGUGCGAAAAGCCUACUGAGCCGUUUCAGUUAUCAGUCAAAUUUGUUCCGUUUGUAAAUCCCUUCGUUUAAAGAAAUCAAGUGCAAAAAAAUAAAGUAAAAUAAAUCAAAAGCUACGGCCGGAAGUGUGGCCAUCUACAUCCGGAAGUGUGCGCACCCCCACCACCAUACACACGAAAGUUUCCAUUGUGCGUGCAAUUCCCUACGGUGAGGGAAAAUAAGUUUACAAGAGCAAAACGCAAAACAAAGCAACCCUUCGCCCAUAUUCGCCGCUAUUGUGUGUGUGUGUAUCGAGCUUUUCCGUAAAAGUGCGCGUGAAGGGAAAAGUUUUGAUCGUUCCGCAUUUCCAUCCGUUGCGACCUCUCGCCGCGCUCUUUCUCCUCCGGGUUUUGUAUAUGGUGCGCACAUUUUCCGGGGUUUUUCACGCACCGUUUUUCACCAUUAGUCAUCGGGCUUAGCUCAUUCCUUUUUGGGUGGGCUCCACUUCCUUUUCGGCAUUUUAUUGUUUGUUGUGACGCGUGGGUGCCGUGCGGAAGUGUGUUUGGUUACUUCAUUCAAGUCGACGGGUUUUUCACCGAGGCGGUUUUUCUUCGACCAGUGACACCUAGAAGUUGCUUGUUCGGCAUCAAAACAAACGCAUCAUCCCGGAUAAUCGGCUGACCAUCACAUACACACACACACACACCCAUAAAGACCCCAGCGAGGUGGGUUCUCGUCGGAGAAGUGAUCGGGUUAUGCGCAUCGGCUGAAUGGCGGCUGUCGGUGGCCCUGCCAGGCAAUCACGGGGGGUCUCCAUGAGUGUCUCGAUGUCGUUAGUACAAGGAGGAGCUGCCGGUGCGCCGCAGGGCGCCAUUCUGGCCGCGGCCGCACCCUACUUCCAGCCACCGGCCGUCCCACAGGAUGUGCAACCGGAUCGACCGAUCGGCUACGGUGCAUUCGGUGUCGUAUGGGCUGUCACCGAUCCGCGUGAUGGACGCCGGGUCGCACUCAAGAAGCUGCCCAACGUUUUCCAGUCGCUCGUGUCCUCGAAGCGCGUUUUCCGGGAGCUGAAGAUGCUCUGCUUCUUCAAGCACGAAAAUGUACUUUCUGCGCUGGACAUCCUGCAACCACCACAUUUGGAUUUCUUCCAGGAAAUCUACGUGAUUACGGAACUGCUCCAGUCAGAUCUGCACAAAAUCAUCGUUUCACCGCAGCACCUUUCCGCUGACCACAUCAAAGUGUUCCUGUACCAAAUUCUGCGCGGCCUGAAGUAUCUUCAUUCGGCUCGCAUCCUUCACCGGGACAUCAAACCCGGCAACCUGCUGGUGAACAGUAACUGUGUUCUGAAGAUUUGUGAUUUUGGACUGGCCCGCGUUGAAGAACCAGAUCAAUCGAAGCACAUGACCCAGGAGGUCGUCACACAGUACUAUCGUGCUCCGGAGAUUUUAAUGGGCGCUCGUCAUUAUUCGGCGGCCGUUGAUGUUUGGUCUGUGGGUUGCAUUUUUGGUGAGCUGCUCGGUCGACGUAUUCUCUUCCAGGCCCAAAGUCCUGUACAGCAGCUUGAACUGAUCACCGAACUGCUCGGUACGCCAUCGCUAGAGGAUAUGCGGCAUGCCUGUGAAGGCGCCAGAAGUCACAUGCUUCGGAGGGCACCGAAGCCCCGGUCACUGACCGCACUCUACACGUUGAGUACCCAUGCCACACAUGAAGCCGUACAUCUGCUUUGCCAAAUGCUCGUCUUCGAUCCGGACAAAAGAAUAUCCGUAAUCGAUGCACUGGCACAUCCUUACGUCGACGAGGGUCGACUUCGUUACCAUUCCUGCAUGUGUAAGUGCUGUUACACCACAUCCGCUGGCAUGCGUCAAUAUACUGGCGAAUUUGAACCUUCAGCAACACAACCAUUUGAUGAUCUAUGGGAACGCAAGCUAACCUCAGUGCAGCAAGUGAAAGAGGAAAUGCACAAAUUCAUUGCCGAGCAGCUACAAACGGGCCGCGUGCCGCUCUGUAUAAAUCCCCAAAGCGCUGCAUUCAAAUCCUUCGCUAGCAAUAAUCAUCACAUAUCACCAUCAUCCAAUCAUCAUCAGUAGCAAGCAGGUGGAAUAAAACCGAAGCCAAGGGUAGUAAUCCCGCUGAGACGUGAUGUUACGGGGAUGUUGGUACGCUGAUUUGUUUGCUAGAAUGGCAAAGCACAGAGGUGGGAACAAAGAAAAGAAAAACGAGAUACUAGGCGCCUCCAUCGAGAACACGCUACGACAUUAGUGGUAGUGGAGAAAUUUGUUAACUUUGUAUAUCAGAAACUAGAAAAUAUGCCUACUAAACUAUGCAACUGGAUGUGUGUAAUACGAGCAAUGUUCGAUAAAACCCAACAAAAACAUGUGGCAAGUAAAAGAUUAGCGCAAAAAAAAAGCUAAUUAAAAUUUGUGCGGCUGCAUUCCAUAGCCUGGUGUGGUCCCGUUUUCUGCACGCCAUUGUCAUUAUGAUUUGUUACACCCUCCUCCCAUUGCAUCAUGCAUCACCAGGCAAAACAGACAGGAUGGUUCGCCCAAAAAAAAAACCAUCAUCAAACGUCCUCCAUCACUCAACCUUCACUCCCAGCGUGUCCCACGGUACGAUUCAACCUCAAGUUUUAACCGGACAAACAACACGCAUCGGCACAGAACAAUGCAAAAUAGAGAGACAGACCAGCCUUCACGAAAGCGAAAGGUUGCCAAAGAGCUGAUCUCUUUAACAAAAACAGGGGGAAGAAUAUAAAAAAAUCCUGACGGAACAUCCGCCAGGCGUCAUCCCAUCAGCCAUAUAAUAAUGAUCAGAUGCACUUGUUGAUGCACUGUCUGCCUUCGUCGUAUAUUUGACUGUUCCCACCCCUCCCACCGUUUGUAUUUAUCACUCCAAAAACCCUUCACUGUGGUUGAACACGAAUCGACGGGGAUAGUCGGCCGUAUGUGCCGGACCGGAUGAAGAAAAAUGACCCUCCACACGAAAACGAUCUUCAAAUCUAUCCAACAAGUCUUCAAUUUGACGCAAAUAGCUCAACCGUAGCUCAUCCAUCAGAACUGCCACCAUCGCCGCACCAAUGGGAAUGACAUAAUGAAGCAAUGGCCGCAUAAAAUGGAAACGCUGUGAAUGCAACCAAAUUCAACGAAUCGGCACAUAUAGCAAAUUUGGUAGCAGAAGAGGAAAUUUUGAAGCGAUGGAUAAUAUCUUGGGGACGAUUGCAAAAUUGACAAACCCGAUUAGGCAUAUCUAGUUGUGAGGUUACUUCUCUUCUACAUUUAGAAUUGGUUUGCUAAUGCAUAAGCAAGCGACAUGAAGAGGGCCGUUAGAAAGAACCAAACACACUAUCUCUAUCAUAUAUGACCAUCAGCAACGGCGCUGCAAAGAAUGGGACAGUAUUUUUAUUUUCAUCUGUAUAAGUAUCUAGCGAAUGAAUGCAUCAUUUCAUUGAACAACUUUGAUUGAAUGCAAGUACUGACGUUGUGAGGGGAAAAUAAUUCGAAAACGACAGCAGCAUCUGGGAACAAGAUAAUUAUUAAACCAAAAGAAACAAGGCAAUAACAAGAAAGUACGUCCAAUUGAUGAUGUAUGCAGGAUA